AUGCAGCGCGUCGUCGCCCGCCCCGCCUUCACCUCGUAUUUCUUCCACAAUGCUCAGUGGCGCACACAGACUCGAUUCUCCGCAAAGUUCCACCCAGCGGCCCCGAUAGCCCCAACCUACAAGCCUCUAGAGGCAUUAACAGCCCCGAGGCUCCUCAAGGUCUACACACAGCUCGCAAAGACUAGACUAACUGUCCUCGUCGUGCUCAGCGCCAUGUCGAGUGUCGCGCUGUCGCCGCUGCCGACGACACUGCCUGUGUUGCUGUCUACGGCGGUAGGCACAGCGCUCUGCUCCGCCUCCGCAAACACCCUUAACCAGAUCCAGGAAGUCCCGUUCGACGCACAAAUGGCGCGGACACGUGCAAGACCUCUCGUCCGGCGGGCAAUUAGCCCUCUGCACGCGACGGGCUUCGCCAUCGCCACUGGCAUCGCAGGACCCGCGCUCCUGUGGACGAUGGUGAACCCGACGACCGCCUGCCUCGGAGCAGCCAACAUCGCGCUCUACGCUGGCGCAUAUACCUGGAUGAAGCGGAAAUCCAUUGCGAACACCUGGGUUGGCUCCGUCGUGGGUGGCCUGCCCCCGCUCAUGGGAUGGACGGCGUGCGGGGGCAAGCUCCUACCCAGUGCCGACAACCCAAUCCAGCUCUUCCUCCCUCCGUUCCUUACCGACGGGACCGCCCCGCCCCUCGACCUCUCCCUCAUCGACAAUCCUCUAUCACCCUUCACCUUGUUCAUGCUGUUAUAUUGCUGGCAAUUCCCUCAUUUCAACUCGCUAUCCUAUAUCGUACGCGACUCCUACGCCCAAGCUGGCUAUCGCAUGCUCUCCGUCUUCAAUCCGCCCAAAAACGCCCUUGUCUCUCUCCGACACGCCCUCCUCCUCGUCCCUGUCCUCUCCAUAGCCGCGCCCCUCUCCGGGCUCACCACAUGGAUGUUCGCACUUACAUCAUUAGGUCCCAACCUCAUCUGCGUCCGCGCUGCAUGGAGAUUCUGGCGGAAAGGCGGCGAGAAAGAGGCACGAACGGUCUUCCAGCAUAGUCUGUGGUACCUCCCCGUCAUGCUCGGGCUCAUGAUGUUCCACAAGCAGGGCAUGGAGUGGCUAGAGUGGUUCGGGGUCACGAAGCACGAAGAGGAGGGCAAGGAGAAAAAACCUGCCGCGGUGACUGCGAACUAG